AUGGUACUAGUGGCACUAACCGAGUUCCCCGAGGUCGAUGCCGUGUACCCGCUCGUGUUUGUCAUCUAUGCUGGGCUCAUUGGUGGCAUUCUCCUAAUGGUGGCGGUGCCGCAAGUCCACCAGCUUCUCCUUUAUGGCAAGUGCGGCACUAACCGCCUUGAUACCAAACAAUUCCGCCUUACCAGCUGGUGGAGCCGAUUAACGGUUCCCAAACUGAGUUUUACCCAUUACUACGUUAGUCUCUUUGGCUAUUGUUCAGCUAUUUGGUGGACCCAACGAUGGUGGCAGCCUCAGACGAUCACCCUAUACGACCACGAUUAUUCCGAUGGGUUUAGGUGUAUCACCAUUGUGUUUCGAUUAAUGUGGUUUCAUCUGAUACGGAGAGUGCUCGAAUGCUUCUUGAUCACCAAGUUCUCGCCCACAUCACGGAUGAACGUGGCCCACUAUUUGCUUGGAAUGCUCCAUUACCUUCUAUUGGCAGUGCACACCGCCUGCAGUUUGACGCUGCUACGUCCCUAUGCUAACCAAGCUAACAUGACCCCAACCACGUCGGAGUACGUGCUCAUUGGCUUGUUUGUGCUUGCAUCACUCAAUCAGUGCUGGUGCCACUGGCACUUGGCGCUGCUUGUCAAGUACUCAAUCCCUAAGUUCUGGUACACUACCAGUGCCCACUACACUAAUGAGAUUGAGCUUUACGUUAUCUGGUUUAUCCUCGCAGUGAAACUGGCGGUUCCCACGCCCUAUAUCUGGGCGAACUAUGCCAUAAUUGCAACUUUCGUCACCGUGAAUCUUCUGGUGUCGCUGCUCCAGACAUACCGUUACUACCGCGAGAAAUUCGGUCCUGAUCUCGGUCUCCAGUAUGCGAUUAUCCCUGGGUUUUUGUGA